UAUUCGUCCUCAGCCUACUGGAACGCCACUCGUGCCUUCAUGAUCCUGUCCGCCAUGUCUUGCUUUGCUGGCAUCAUUGCGAGAAUCCUCUCAUUUGCCCACUUCUCUGCUUUUGAGAGGUUCAACCGCUCAUUCGCCGCCGGAAUCAUGUUCUUUAUUUCAACUCUCUUUGUACUGCUUGCAAUGGCCAUUUACACCGGGGUGACAGUGAAUUUCCUGUGCAAGCGCUUCGGUGACUGGCGUUUCUCUUGGUCCUACAUACUAGGCUGGGUGGCACUGCUCAUGACCUUCUUUGCAGGUAUAUUCUACAUGUGUGCCUACAGAAUGCAUGAGUGCAGAAGAGUGGCUGGCCCACGUUAA